CCUCGUCGCGGAGCUCGGAGCUGCGUGGGGUCAGCUGCGGCUGGGGCGGCCCGAUGGUACCCAGCUGGCGGGAGCAGGGGCGGAGGGAGGAUGACCUCUCCUUGGGGUCACAGUGCGGACCUGGCCCGCUUCUACACCGUCACCGAGCCCCAGCGACACCCCAGGGGCUACACGGUCUAUAAGGUUACCGCCCGGGUUGUUUCACGAAGAAACCCAGAGGACGUCCAGGAGAUAAUUGUAUGGAAGAGAUACAGCGACUUUAAGAAACUGCACAAAGAAUUAUGGCAAAUUCACAGAAAUUUGUUCCGCCGCUCCGAGCUGUUUCCUCCAUUUGCUAAAGGGAUAGUGUUUGGGCGAUUUGACAAAACUGUCAUUGAGGAGCGACGACAGUGUGCUGAGGACCUGCUACAGUUCUCCGCCAACAUCCCCGCCCUGUACAACAGCAGACAGCUGGAGGACUUCUUCAAGGGUGGGAUAGUUAACGAUGGCUCUGAGUUAAUUGGUCCUGCUGAGGCGUCCGCGGAGUCCCUGGCCGACAGCUUUCUGGAGUGUGGCACUGAAGGCUUCUCCAGUGACAGUGACCUCCUGUCCCUCACUGUUGAUGCAGACUCUCUUGCUGAGGUAGAUGAUGGAAUGGCUUCCAGCCAGGGUUCUCCCAGUAGAACUUUUGGUCUGAGUGUGUCUGUGGAUCCUUCAGCAGUAGGGGCUGUUGCUUCUGACAGUGAACCAAGUAAAGCAGAAGAGCGGGAAAGCCGCAGCCUCUUCCCCAGCAGCUUAAAGCCAAGGCUCGGCAGGAGGGACUACCUGGAGAAGGCAGGGGAACUCAUCAAACUGGCCUUGAAGAAGGAGGAGGAAGACGACUAUGAAGCUGCUUCUGACCUUUACAGGAAGGGGGUCGACCUGCUCCUAGAAGGUGUGCAAGGGGAGUCGAGCCCCACGCGCCGGGAGGCGGUGAAGCGGCGCACGGCGGAGUACCUCCUGCGCGCCGAGAGCAUCGUGCGGGCCUCGCCGCGGCUGCCCGCCGGACCCCAGCCUCCAGGACCACGAAGUUCAAGGCCCCCCUGGAACCUAAGGAGCCCUGCCGAGGAGCUGAAGGCCUUCAGAGUCCUUGGGGUGAUUGACAAGGUUUUACUUGUAAUGGACACAAGGACAGAACAGACAUUCAUUUUAAAAGGUCUAAGGAAAAGCAGUGAGCACAGCAGGAGCAGAAAGACCAUCAUCCCCCGCUGCGUGCCCAACAUGGUGCGUCUGCACGCGUACAUCGUGUCGGAGGAGUCGGUGUUUCUCGUGCUGCAGCACGCCGAAGGUGGCAAACUCUGGUCAUACAUCAGUAAGUUUCUAAACAGAAGUUCUCAAGAAAGCUUUGAUGUCAAGGGAACGAAGCCAUCCACCCCUCAUCAAGUGUACCUGCAGCAGCCGAGUGCCAGUCCUCAGGGCAGCAGCAGCUUCGAGUCCAGAGGAAGCGACGUGGGGAGCAGGUUGAAGGUUCUACCCCCUAGUCUCACCCCCAGUUCUCAGGAGGAGGAUGAGGGCAGCUCUCCCAAGUGGCCAGAUUCAGGCUCCAGCUCAGAGGAGGAGUGCACAGCUGGCUACCUAACGCUGUGCACUGAGUAUGGGCAGGAGAAGAUUGACCUGGGGUCUCUGAAUGAGGAGUCUGUCAUACAGCCUGAAGGGGAGAAUGCUGAUACCCAAGCUGUUGGGAGUUUCCCAGCACCCCUUGCUGCUGGCAGUAUGAGCCCCAGCACGCAGCUCAAGUUCUUCCCUGGAGAGGAGGACCUAACAGUGUGUUCCCCUCAAACAUCUGAUCCCCUCACUCGGUCGAAAAACAGCCCCAUGGAGUUCUUUAGAAUAGACAGCAAGGACAGCACGAGUGAGCUGCUGGGACUGGAUUUUGGUGAGAAAUUACACAGUCUAAAACCAGAACCUUUGAAAGCACUCUUUACCCUUGAAGGUGGAGAUAGCCUUUCCCAGAGUUUUAAUACCAGCGAAAGCCACUGUGACAAGGAAGCUCAGGACUCCAUCAGCAGGGGCUCAGACGACUCCGUCCCAGUGAUCUCAUUUAAAGAGGCUGCUUCUGAGGAUGUGGGUGGUGCAGACGAGGGCAGGCCCGAUCUUCUUGUAAAUCUACCUGGUGAGCUACAGCCAGACAAAGAAGCUUCAGCAAUGGAUCCUGCUAAGUUUCCACAGGCCGGUGCAGGCAGGCUGGAAAGCAAACUGCUGGAAGCCCCGGAUGUGUUAUGCCUCAGGCUGAGCUCUGAACAGUCCUGUGGCCUGGGAAAAGACAGCCCAGAGGAACUAAGUGAUCCUGCUAGGUUUCUACCUGGUGGUGUGACCCCAAAGCACCACACUGAGGCAGAUCUUGGGGUGUUGCUCAAGGCUGAUGUUGAUCAUGGAAGCUCAGGAGAGCAGUUUCUGUUCCCCAGCUUGCAUCCGGAGUCUGAAGGGCUGGGGCAGGUGGAGGCAGCGGGCCGUGCAUGGGGCUCGGGAGAAAGCCUGGCUCCCAUUUCCAGUCCACACUCAGGUGCUAAAGAGCACAGUGCACACACAGACACGGCCGCAGCAGAGGAAGUGUUGCUGUUCACAGAGCAGACUAAAGAAGAACCAGGCUCUCUAUUUCAGAGAGACUCGGAGACCAAGGAGCGAAGCGUGCGAGCCCCGGGAGUGGAAAAGGACAUCCAUCAGAUUUUUGAGGACCUUGAUAAGAAAUUAGCAGUAAGCUCCAGGCUCUUCAUCCCUGAGGGCUGCGUUCAGAGAUGGGCAGCUGAAAUGGUGGUGGCCCUUGACGCCUUGCACAGAGAGGGGAUUGUGUGCCGCGAUCUGAACCCAAACAACAUCUUAUUGAAUGAUGGAGGACACAUUCAGCUAACGUAUUUUAGCAGGUGGAGUGAGGUUGAAGAUUCCUGUGACAGUGAUGCCGUCGCGAGAAUGUACUGUGCCCCAGAGGUUGGAGCAGUCACGGAAGAGACCGAAGCCUGUGAUUGGUGGAGCCUGGGUGCUGUCCUCUUUGAACUUCUCACUGGCAAGACUCUGGUGGAGUGCCACCCAGCAGGGAUAAAUACGCACACCACUUUGAACAUGCCAGACUGUGUUUCUGAAGAGGCUCGCUCGCUCAUUCAACAGCUCUUGCAGUUCAAUCCGAUGGAGCGCCUGGGAGCCGGAGUGGCGGGUGUGGAAGACAUCAAGUCUCACCCAUUUUUCACCCCCGUGGAUUGGGCAGAGCUGACAAGAUGAACAUCACAUGGAGUGUUCUGACAGGACAGAGCCCUCGAGAAGGCUCUCUGGGGGUGGCUAACCUUCAGGCACGCCAUGGCCCUGGACAAGGACCUGAGAGGAAGUGAUGGGGCAGGAGGCUAAUAGAUUCACUUACACUUGCUGUCUGGACAAGAGACUAGCCAACCUUGCCAGCAGCUGCUGUGAACACAGCUUCCGAGAUAUGAGGUAACUUACAUUCAGGGUUGCGGUGUUGCAGUCGGACUGAAAGGAUAAGCCAUGUGAAAUACUCUGCCAGGGGACUGUAAAUGUAAGGAAGGACCUUGGUGGCAGCUCAUGGUGCUUCUGCUAAACAAGGCUGGUUUACACGAUUCGGUCGAUAUUUGCUGAGUAACACACUAAAUGUGCUCUCUGAACAGUGUCACGAGUGGGCUGACAAAAUGAAGAGGAGUGCCCAGAAGGGCCCAGGUUAUCCCUGAGGAAAAACACUCUUGCCAGCUUUGAGCUUGCUGGUUGAUGCUGCUAAUAGCGAGGGGCUCAUGGGAACACGUCUGUCCUCCAGCCUCUCUCUCUGUCUCUCUCUGUCUCUCUCUCUCUCCUGCUCCAUCUCCUGCAUUCCCUGCUUAUUCUCUUGGAGUCUGUGUUCCCUACUCUGUUACCACACAUGCAGCCAAAAAGGGAAGGGGUGUUUAUUUCCCCGAACUGUCAGCUGUACAAGACUAAGAAAUCAUGAUGUAAAAUAAAUGUGGUUAAGC